CUCGGUACCGAACUCAUGGCAUUAAAUUGAACGGUGGGGUCAGUGAAAGGAUAUCAAAGAGGAAAAUAUGCACAAGAGAAAUGGAGAUAUUAGGGAUGUUUUUGAAUUGUCCUCUAGGAUUUGGCUUAUUAUCAGCAUCGAAACUAUGGCGUUGGUAUGCGGGCAAAGGGGAGAUGGGUGUGGACACACAGUCCUGAGUCCCACCAGUGGCACUCUGGCCUCACGGAAUUUCCCAGGAACAUAUCCUAACCACACCCAAUGUGAGUGGAACCUGAGGGUCCCAGUGGGCCGGACACUGCUCUUGACCUUUGGGGACUUCGACUUGGAGUGGAGCCAGGACUGCGUAGCUGGCUCGCUUACUAUCACAGACAGCAGUGGAUCCACUAGAGUGGGUCCUCUGUGUGGCAAGCUGGCCGCCUCAAAGAGAAACGUGUCUGUGAGUACCAAUGAAGUUACAGUGCAUUUCAUCUCCGGUGCUCACCGCUCAGGGCGGGGCUUUGUCAUGUCCUACUCAACCAAUCAGCAAUCAGAACUCAUUUCAUGCCUCCAUCGUGGAACACACUUCUCAUCUCAGCAGAUCAGUGCAUUCUGUCCUGCAGGCUGCAAAGGUGUCGCAGGAGAGAUCUGGGGCUGGCAUGGGCAGGGAUAUCGUGAUACCUCCGUUUUGUGCAAAGCUGCAAUCCACGCAGGGAUUAUUUUAGACAGUCUGGGAGGAAAGAUCACGGUGUCCCUGCAGAGGGGCGUUACUCUGUAUGAGUCGAACUUUGCUAAUGGAAUACUGUCAAAAACUGGGUCUUUAUCAGAUAAGCGGCUUGUAUUCCACAGAGAAUGUGAUACAGAGUUAACGGUGCUGACUUACAACAGUUCUUCUGUGUGGAUGGAGGUGAACAGAGAGGGUCAGGAUGUCUCUUGGUCUGGAAAAGGGGUCUAUCAGUGGGCCGCAAGCUCUGAUGACCAGCAGCCGUGGCUGGAGCUUGAGCUGGGGAAUAAGAGUAGUGUCACAGGCAUCAUAACAAAGGGUACACCACACUCCUACAUUGAAUCUUACACCCUCAUGUUCAGUAAAGACCGCAAAAACUGGAAAGUCUACAAAGCCAUAUCUAGCAAAGACAAAAAGGUGUUUGAGGGCUUUUCUGAUGGUCAUGUGAAGGCAUUCAACAGCCUCAUUCCCCCAAUAAUAGCACGCUAUCUCCUUCUGAAACCCCAGCAGUGGCGUAUCAGGGCCUCCGCCCAAGUGCAAGUGCUGGGUUGCCCUUCUGCCCUUCCCAGACCCCGUUCCCAUGGAGAUGAUCUGAACUCUAGUAAGGGGGUUAUUACAGAAGCUGUGCCUAUAGACACACUUCCUACUGAGGGUCCUAUCAUCACCAGAAGCUCAGGCCCCAGUCAGGCAGUGAUAUUAGUGGCAGGAAUGGUUUUGGGUGCCGCCCUGUGUAUCAGCUGCCUGUUGGCAGGGCUCUUGUUGUGGAAAAGAAAAAGAAACGCACAAAUAAAGAAAUCCUGUGUUGACCAAGGCUAUCAGGGUCUUCAAGGAAAGAGACCUCCAUGUACAAACCCAGAGCUUGUGUCUUUCCCUCUGGUUCGGAACAUCCAUGACGCCCUCCCCAACCCUCCUCUCAAUGACUAUGCUGAGCCCGAUGUAGUCACCAGUGGGCAAAUGGUAGGUCUCACAUUCCGUCCCCAAAUGGAGGAGGGCUACACCAUUCCUUACACCCUCAACCACUACGACACCCCAGGAGAUGUUCCUGAAUACACCUAUCCUCUUCCCCCCGAACCAGAAUAUGCAACACCUUUUGGGGAAUUUCCCAUAGACUCCCUCACAUCCCCACCACUGGACAGCCAUCAUAACACCAAACUAUCAGCGUGUCGAUCCACACAAGGCACAUCAUCAGAUCAACAGUAUGACUGCCCCGCCCACAGAGUGAUCUCUAACGGGUACUGUACUCCAGUCAUACAUAAUACUUACCUAUGUAAGGCUAAUGUGAUCUACGCCCAGACAGUAGAACCACUGUUGCAUACCUACCAUGAGCCACUUUGAGCCUCCGUGGCAUCACCUACUGAAGACACAUGUGCCUUGCUCUGUUAAAGAGCAUCUCUGCGUUUCUAAAAAGAGAAAGACAUUAGCUAAUCUUAUUCAAAACAGUUGUAUUGCAGCUGUGCAUAAAGGUGGCCGGCAAAAAAGUGAACACAAAUUAAGUACUGUGCACAUGGAGCAUGUAUUUAUAAAUUGAACAUUGAUUUACACAUUAUGUGCCAUUUUAUUGCCGUUUAUAACCCAAUCUAGUGCCUCACACAAUGAAUUUCGGUGCGUUAAAUAGCACCAUUGACUGGCACGUCGUUUUUUUGGUUGGCAAUACAAAUGUAAGACUUGAGAGAAUAGUUUUUUGUAAAUCUUUGUUUUUGUGUUGUUUUGUUGACAAUAUUUGUAUUUAAUGUAAAUGACAAUGUUUUAUAAUAACUAAUCAAAACAUUACUCUAAAGUAUGUCUGUGUUCUUUUAAACCACUAAAGUAUUCAACAUGUUUUACU